CUGCACACCUGAACAGCCUUUUUCUUCUUCUUUUUUUUUCUCACUCAUCAGAAACCGAAAAUGUUUUCGAAUGAAUCAUCAAACUUUCAAGACUAUCCACCUUUUUAAUCAUGGAGUGAUAGUGUGGUGGAGAUAUGGCCCCAGGGGGGGAAUGUAAGUGUGUGACUGCAGAGAAGUGACGCCCUGCCCGCAUCCAGAUGUUCCAUGUUUCCCUUUGCGCGCUCUGUGGAGAGAUCUGCUCAGAACAGGGAAAUCUUUGAACGCACGCUCCAUCGUCCAUGGCACCAGGCUGCUUUAAAAGGACAAUGAAUAUCAUGCUUUUUGUGUAAGGUGUUUGGAUUUUUGUAUAGUUUUUUUUGUCUGGACAAUGGACAGCGACAAACUGAAGACGCUCAUGCUGCUGGGGAUACAUUUGCUCUGGGUUUUUGCGCUGUCUGUGCGCGGGCACGCUGCUUCAAAUCACGAGAAUGUGAUUGACCUUCUGGCAGCUCUAAACAUGUCCAACCACAGUAGUGGCGUGGCCAGAAUGCAAAGUCCCGGCAGCGUGAUAUACAGAAUACGCCCCAGAGCACCUUACCUGACCCUUCCUCCAGAAUAUUCCCAGUUCCUGUCCUCCAACUUUCAGGGUAGCAUGGGGGUGUAUUUCGUGGGUCAUCAGUCAUCGGGCUCCAGUGCCACUCUUUUUUCUCUCUCCUCUCUGUCCUCACCCAUUCUCCAAAUCAUCUCCUCCACCCUCAAUAACACUCUGCAUUUGGACUACCAGGCUGGAGGAGGAGCUCAGGGCCUUGCCAGCUUUCACUUCCCUUGGAGGAACCCCUUCUCCAGGGAUGAAUGGGUCCAACUGGCUGUUAGCCUGGAGCCUGACAGACUGGUAUUUUUUGUAGACUGUCAAGAAGCUGUUGUUGUGCCCAUGAAAAGUGAAGAGAGGAUCUACCUGGAAUUGCCUCAAAAUGUUGUCAUCACUCUUGCCAGCACUCCACGAAGGAAAGCCAGCAAAUUUAAUGGACAUUUGAAGACGGCUGAGAUUUCAAUGAAAGCAUAUCUAAGGCGACCAUGGCACUGUGACAAUGUUACAGAUGCUCUGCCUCCAUCUCAGCACACAGACACCCAGAGCUCAGAUUCUUGGACUGACAGCAGUCGAACAUCGCUGCAGGGUGCUUCCCAUAGUAAACUUCAAACAAGCCACAGGCCAGUGGAGAAAAAAAACAGCCGUUAUCCCCUAGACAUCCAGAGUGACCAGCUGCAGAGAGGUGUUGUCCUGGGGCCUCCAGGAUCUCCUCAAGGGGUAAAGUCUGUUUCUCAGGCCCAGAGAGAUGACAGGCUGAAGAAGCUUGAGAAAAGGAUGGAGGAGCUUGCUCAUAUGCUGGACAUGGUCAAAGCUCAGAAUGUAGACCUACAAUCACGUGUAAAGUACCUGGAGGGAUGUGAGUGCGUGAGGCAACAAUGUGAAUGGGAGGGACGUGAAGUGGACAAUGGCCAGCACUGGCAAAUUGACCUCAGCACUGUUUGUACUUGCACAUCUGGAAAGGUCUCAUGCCAACCCAACAUCAGAGGGUGUGAUCUGGAUGGCACAGUUCAUAAUGUGUCCUACAGCCCUCUAGAUGGCUGUCAGACAUGUACGUGUAAGGGUGGUAACAGGGAGUGCUCUCCCCUGCCCUGCCCAUCACUGGACUGCACACAGAAGGAGACUGUACCUGGAGACUGCUGCCAGCAAUGCAAAAGUUGCAUCCAUUCUGGUGUCCCAUAUAACCACGGAGCCAUGUGGAGACCGGAGGAGAGUCCCUGUGAUGUCUGCCACUGUUUGGAGGGUCAUGUUCACUGUGAGAGGGAGCAGUGCCACACCCCUUGUAAAAACCCAGCUUCUCCACCACCCGAUUCCUGCUGUCCAGUUUGUCAAGGCUGUGGUAUGAAUGGUCAUGACUUCCCUAAUGGAGCUGUGAUUCCUACUGGAGACCGUUGUGAAGAUUGCGCAUGCGUGAAUGGAAAUGUGGUGUGUUCACCCCUUCCCUGUCCUGCUCUGUUUUGUCGAAACCCUGUGCAUCGUGCUGGAGACUGUUGCCCACGGUGUGAGCAGUGUGAAUAUGAGUCCAAGGUGUAUGUGGAUGGACAGAAGUUCCCCUCCAGGUCAGACCCCUGCCUCCGCUGCCGCUGCUCUGCAGGUGAAGUGUCUUGUGAGCGUAUGGAUGCAUCAUGUCCCACACUACGCUGUAGUCAUCCAGCUAAACGCAAGGGGGAGUGUUGUUCCACAUGUGAUGCAUGUGAGUAUGACAGGAGGGUGUAUACUGAUGGAAAAGUGUUCAACCCUGCUGGCAGUGGACCCUGUCUACAGUGCAGGUGCAAGGGUGGGAAUGUGAUUUGCCGUGAAGAGAAGUGCCGUGCUGCUCAGUGCUCUAACCCUAUUAUAGACCCACAUCUCUGCUGUCCAAUCUGCAAAACAUGUGUGUUGGAGGGGGUGGAAUAUGAAGAAGGCUCCAGCUGGCACCUUGAGAACCCCUGCUCCAGCUGCACAUGUGUGAAUGGAGACACCAUGUGUACACACACAUACUGCCCCCCCAUUGAGUGCCUGCAUCCCACCAAGACCACUGGAUCCUGUUGUGCAGCGUGUGAAAGCUGCACUUAUAAUCAUCGUAUCUAUGGCAACAGCCAGAGGUUUACAACCCCUGACCAGCCCUGCCACAUCUGCACCUGUCAGCACGGCACCGUGGAGUGUGAGAGAAGACCCUGUCCUCCACUCAACUGCACCAACUCAUACACACCACAUGGAGAGUGCUGCCCUAGAUGUCCAGACUGCUCCUUUGAAAACCGUGUGUUUGUGGAUGGAGAGGCUUUUCCCAAUCCUGUCAGUGCGUGUGAGGAGUGUAAGUGUGUGAGCGGCAGGAUUGAGUGCCACCAAGCACAAUGCCCUCAUCCUCGCUGUAAUGCACCUCGACCUGGAACAUGCUGUCAGAACAACUGCAAUGGCUGCAGCUAUGCUGGGAAAGAGUAUCCCAAUGGACUAGAGUUUCCCCAUCCCACUGACACAUGCAGGACAUGCAGCUGCAUAAAUGGGAAUGUCCAGUGUUUGAUGAAGAGGUGCCCACCACUGCCAUGCUCCAACCCAAAUGUGCUGCCAGGAGACUGCUGCCCCCAGUGUCCUGCUCCUCCAUCGGACUGUGUGUAUGAACAACGACCCUACAGACACACUGAGCGUUUUUACCACCCGACUGACAACUGUCGAUUGUGUGGCUGCUCCAACGGGACAGUUAACUGUCAGCGCAAGCCCUGCACCUUCGCUGCGUGUUCUCACCCCAUCACACAAGAGUGCUGCCGGACCUGCGAAGGCUGUUUAUAUGACGGUCGAGAGCGAGCUAAUGGGGAGACGUGGGGUGACGUGUCAGACCCAUGUGCCAUGUGUGUGUGUCGUGAGGGCUCUGUCCAGUGUGAGAGGAAGCGCUGUCCACCCACCAACUGUAACCACCCCGUCCAGAGACAGUGCUGCAUGUCCUGUGAUGGUUGCAUGUUUCAAGGUAAAGAAUAUCCUGAUGGCACUGAGUUUGCUGAUGACAAAGACCCCUGUGGUGUGUGUUACUGUUACGGAGGCGAGGUUGUCUGCACCAAGCAACCCUGUUAUGGAGAUUGCAGCCAUCCAUAUAAACCACCCCGACAAUGCUGUGGAGAAUGUGAACGCUGUUCCUAUAACAGUGAAGUCCUCACCAAUGGACAGUCGAUCCCUGACCCAGGGAACCCCUGCUCUGAAUGUACCUGCCAGAGCGGAUCAGUGCGUUGUGCGAAGACACCGUGUGCAGCUGCUCUCUGUCCUCACCCAGUCCCCAAUGCAUGUGGCUGCCCUGUCUGUGAUGGUUGUCAGUUCCAAGGUGUGACAUAUGUUGACGGACAGGUCCUUCCAGGAGGAGAGAGAGGGUGCCAGGACUGCACCUGCUCAAGAGGUGCGGUGGUGUGUGCGCAGAGAAGAUGCCCUGCUGUGUCAUGCCCACACCCAGCUCUGGACGGCUGUGCAUGUGGAGUGUGUGAUGGAUGCAGCUUUAAUGGACGAGACUGUUUUAACGGAGAGCGAUUCCCACACCCGACAGACCACUGUCAGCUCUGCUCCUGUCUGAACGGUGGUGUGGUGUGUGCACAUGCAUCUUGUCCAGGCGUUGCCUGUGUGCGCCCAGUGACCCCUCCAGGGGAGUGCUGCCCUUUGUGCACGGGCAUCUGUCUGCAUCAGGGAAAAGAGUAUCAGUCCGGCUCUACUUUCUCUUCACCCUCGGAUCCCUGCUCCUCAUGUUCCUGUCUGAAUGAGGUGGUUAACUGUCAGAAGAGACCUUGUCCAGUCCAGUGCUCCCAUCCAGUCCCUUCAGGAACCUGCUGCCCAGUCUGUGACUCCUGUCUGUACGAGGGCGUCGUGCACUCCCACAGUCACACCUUCACGCCUUCCUCUAACCCCUGCCAACGCUGCACAUGUGUCAGAGGCACUGUCACCUGCGUGCCACUUGUCUGCCCGCCAACACCCUGUGCUCAACCUAUUACCAAGCCAGGACAGUGCUGUCCUGAGUGCACAGUGUGCAUGCUGGAUGGACAGGAGUUCACUGAUGCGCAGACAUGGACCCCGAGUUCAAAUCGCUGCUCGUCCUGCACCUGCCAGGCAGGUGAGGUGCGGUGUACGUCCCCCGAGUGUCCCAAGCUGCCAUGUAUGCAUGUGGUGACUGAUCCAGGAGCCUGCUGUCCUCGCUGUAGAGGUUGUGUGUAUGGAGGAGAGGAGCAUACAGAGGGCAGCAGCUGGUUUGCAGACUCCACUCCCUGUAUGACUUGUAUGUGUGUGGACGGGGUGACCACCUGCUCUGAGGUACACUGUCUAUCUCCCUGUAUCAGCUUCAUCAGCGUGCCUGGGGAGUGCUGCCCUGUGUGUGCUGACUGUGUAUUUGAGGGCAGAGUUUACGGCCCAGGGGACAGUUUCCAUCCAGCCGAUGACCCCUGUCAGAUCUGCACUUGUGAGGUGAUGCCGGAUGGAGAACAACACCUGAGGUGUUACCGAAAGCAGUGUCCCAGUCUGGUCGACUGUCCUAAAAGCAACAUCUUGUUCUCUGGACCAGACUCCUGCUGUCCCGUCUGUGCACAGCCUCUCAGUAACUGCACCUCUGCACUGAUUGGCAACGAGGUGUUGGCCACAGAUGACCCCUGUUUUACCUGCCACUGCCAGGACUUGACGUGGACCUGCCUACACCGUGUGUGCCUCCCACUUUCUUGUCCUCUUGAUGAACAGUUCAUGCCUCCAGACUCAUGCUGCCCUGUGUGUAAAGUGUGUGUGAUUGAGGGCCAGACCCGAGUUGCCAAUGGCAGCAACUGGACAGACAGCGAUGACGACUGCGUAACAUGUGCCUGUAAUUCGGGCCACAUUGAAUGCAGCAUUGAAGAGUGUUUACCUGCGGUUUGUCCAGCUGGCCAGAAACCAGUGAAGAUUCCAGGAAAAUGUUGCUCUGAAUGCCAAGACUCAGGAGUGUCAUGUUUGCACCAGGGGACAGUGUAUCACUGUAAUGAACAGUGGGAGGUGGAUGAGUGCACCAGCUGUACGUGUGUGUCUGGAGAUGUACACUGCCGUAGUGAACGCUGCCCUCCCCUCACCUGUGCAACAGAUGAGAUGCCAGCCGUUGUCCCAGGCUUGUGUUGUCCUCAUUGCCUUCCUCGUCCAGCCACCUGCAUUGCCUUCGGCGACCCUCAUUAUCGCACCUUCGAUGGCCGCAUGCUGCACUUCCAGGGAGCAUGCACGUAUGUCCUGGCACAGGACUGUGAACAGGGAGACUUCAGUGUUCAUGCAACUAACGAUGAUCGUGGACGUAAAGGAGUGUCCUGGACUAAAGAGGUGACUGUGUUCAUAGAAGACGUCACAGUGCAGCUACUCCAGGAUUGGAUUGUGAAGGUCAAUGAUGAAGUUGUGACUUUGCCGUUCCUCAGAGAACCGUACAUCUAUAUUGAACGACAAAGCAACACCAUCUUACUCAAUACUAACAUCGGCCUGAAGGUGCUGUGGAGUGGUCGUUCACACCUGGAAGUGAGCGUGCCAGGCUCCUAUAAGGGCCACACCUGUGGUCUCUGUGGAAACUUCAACAACUACUACCAGGAUGACCUCCGAAUGCCCAGCGGACGACUCAGCCAGUCAGAGUCUGACUUUGGCAACAGCUGGAGGGUCGCAAACAGUAGCCACUCCCUCUCAUCCUGUCAACCUGGUAAGGAUGUCGACCCAUGUAAGGACGCAGGCUACCAGGCCAAGAAGGGGGCUAAUGCUCGCUGUAAGGUCUUGAAGUCUGCCGUCUUUAAGCCCUGCCAUCGUGUGGUACCUCCUGACCCAUGGUAUGGAGCAUGCGUAUAUGAUCUUUGUGCCUGUGGGGCCAACAGUGAUGAGUGUCUGUGUGACGCACUGGAGGCCUACGCCAGUCAGUGCAGAGAGGCUGGAGUCGUCCUGCAGUGGAGGAGCCCAUCUCUGUGUGCUGUGGGCUGUCCAGUGGAGAGGGGCUUUGUGUUUGACGAGUGUGGUCCCCCGUGUCCCGUAACCUGCUUUAACGUUGACGUACCACUGGGGGUGAUAGAAAGCCACUGCUUCAAACCCUGUGUCCCAGGCUGCCAGUGUCCUGCUGGUCUGGUUCUACACAACAACUACUGCAUACAGCCCGAAAAGUGCCCCAAGAUCAUUCAUGGCAACCACACAUGAUCCUUGAGCUGCUCGCUUUCAGAAGUGCACUUAAUUUGUAUGCACACACAUGCACUGCCACCUCUGAUGAUCUGCAAUCCACACAAGGUCUGCAUCAGCCUUUUGUUACUGUAUACUGAAGUCUGAAAUGGAAAAAUAUACCUGCUGGUGAACCUGUGGAUUCUGCACAUUGACUAAAGUGAAAUACUGCAUUUCUUUGUUUAUAUAAACAUUUUCAUAUAUGAAUAUGUAGCACUGAAUAUUUAUACUACAGAAGGGUUUGUCAUGUUAUUUAUACAUGUCACAUGUUAAUUGGUGUUUUUCCUAACAGUUUUACACAUUUACCAAAUAUUAAAUUGUUUUAGUUUUAUAGUCUUAUUUACAGUCAAAAGAGCUUUUGUUCACUGUACAGGUUUAUUUCAGCACUGUGCAAUAUUGACUGUAUAGCUCAGGUAUUCUUUUUUUUUUCUUCGUUUUAAGA